AACAGCCUGUUCAUAGCAUUCUUCCCAAUUUGUCAACUGUUGAUUUAGUCAAAAUAACUCAGGGAAAGGGCCUUCCAUUAUAUUUAGAGAGACAACAUCAAGUCUAGAGAGGGAGAGAGAAUUCAGAUGAAGAUAAGGAAUAUUUUCAUCACAUGCUUAUGGUUAGGUUUAGCUUCAGCAGAUACUCUGCAGAAUUCGGAUUUCGAACUCCCACCAACUGACUGGAACGAAACAUCCUCCGCGUUCUUUCAACUGAACGGCAGUAGCAUCCCAGGGUGGACACACGACGGCGCAGUGCAGUAUGUCACGGCUGGAGGUGAGCUGUCGCUGCCGAGAAACGGGCAUGCUAUACUGCUGCAGGAAGAUGGCAAGAUCAACCAAGCUUUUGUGGCUAAUGGGGAGGAAAUGCAGUACCUUUUAACGUUCACUUUGGGGAGGAGGGCUCAGAACUGCACUGCCAAUGCGAGCCUUGUGGUUUCCGCGCCGGAUAGCUCUGCUCAGUUUUCGUUGACGCUGAAGUAUGGGAAAGAGUCAUGGGAGGUUUAUGGGCUUCAUUUGGGGAGCUGGGGAGGUGGAGAGUCUGUAAACUUGGUUAUAGAAAGUCAGGAUAUUGAUGCAGAACCCGAAACCACGUGUUGGCCCGUUGUCGACGCGGUUAUGUUGAGCACUGUGGGAUCACUCAAGCAAGGGGAUGAUAAUCUGCUGCCAAAUGGUGGAUUCGAGCUCGGGCCAGCGUUCCCAGAUUUUCCCAAUGAUGGAGUUCUAUUGGAUUCAGAACCAAGUCUGAUUGAAUCUGCUCUGCAGCAAUGGACGGUAACAGGAACUGUUAAAUACAUAGACGCAAAAAACUUCUUUGUCCCAGAAGGAAAGGCUGCUGUUGAGAUCGUAUCAGGAGUCUCUGCAGGGGUGCAAACAGCUAAACAACUCGACCAAGGAUCAGAUUACAACUUGGAAUUCAUGCUGGGAGAUGCAAACAACUCUUGCUCAGGAGUUCUUGUAGUAGGGGUUGCAGCAGGAUCAUCAGCGCAGAAUUUCACUAUCCAGAGCAACGGGACUGGUUCAGCCAAGAAAUAUGCAAUGACAUUCAAGGGUGCUGGGCCAAGUCCAACCUCAAUAAGCUUCCAUAGCUACACAACCACACAGAGAGACGAUGGUGUAUUCUGUGGCCCUGUCGUUGAUGCUGUAGUUCUAAAAGUUUCUAGUGGACACAAAACAUAUACGCAAUUUUCCUUCCUAAUGACUGUGCUACUUGCAACAGUUCUGAAAUUAGGCAAGCUAAUAUAGCCAGAUAUUAGUUCC